AAGCUUUUAAGUAAACCCUUAAUGACGCCUAGGAUUUUACAUUGAGCCAAAAAAGUCACAACCAUUAAUUUGUGCACUUGGAAAACCACACCGAAUUCAAGUGGUUUAGUUUGACAAGAAGGAAGGAUGGGCAAAAUCAACGCAGGGAAAGGCAUCCAGAAAACAAAGUUGGAGGAACUUGUUUAUGAUGCUGCUGUUGAAAACAAUGUUACGAUGCUACGACAACUACUUGAAGAGGAUUCACUUAUCCUUGAUAAAGCCACAUUGCAUAGUCAAGAUAAGAGUCCUCUUCAUAUCGCGGCAAUGCUUGGAAAUGUGGAAUUCGUAAAUGAAGUUAUAAGAGCCAGUCCUGAUCUGUGUUUGGCCGGCGACCGACACGGAAGAUUACCUCUACACUUAGCAGCCAUCAAAGGCAGAUUUUCGGUUUUGCAAGAGUUGGUUCAUGCCUUGCCGCUAUCCGCUCAAGAAAGGAUUCAUGGCGGUGGUAACGUUCUUCAUUUGUGCAUCAAGUAUAACCAGUUCGAGGCCUUAAAGUUUUUGGUCCAAACAAUUCAAGAUGACGAUUUUUCCAAUCAGAAGGAUGAUGCUGGAAUGACCAUAUUACAUCUCGCCGUUAGCAAUAAGCAAACUAAGACUAUACGAUACUUGGUUGAGAACAAGGUUGUGCAAGUCAAUGUGAAGAAUGAAAAUGGGAAGACCCCAUCAGACCUUUUAAAAGGAGAAAACAACAACUCGGAAGUCGCGAAAAUUCUUCAUUGCGCCGGAGCCAAAAGAGGGAAAGAAAUCGGCUCCUGCGAGGCGACAGGAAGCGACUGGCUAAGGAGAAAAAGGGAGUCAAUAAUGGUGGUUGCCUCACUUAUUGCGACAAUGGCUUUCCAAGCUGGGUUGAAUCCGGCCGGCGGCGUAUGGCAAGAUGACAAUUUAGAUGGCCCGAAUCCACACGUAGCCGGAACAGCUGUGAUGGCACAAAAGCAACCGAGAUACCACGAGUAUUUCCUACGGACUAAUUCUGUGGCCUUUGUUUCAUCCCUCAGCACAAUAUUGUUCCUCAUUAGUGGUUUACCAUUCAGGAACAAAUUCUUUUGUUGGGCUCUGAUGGUGACUAUGUGGUUGACUAUUACGGCCAUAGCGUUGACUUAUGGGAUAUCGAUUGUGAUAGUAACGCCACAUGAUAGUAAGAAGCAGUUGAGCCGGGUUAUUAAGACAUCUCUCAUGGUUUGGUGCGGAGUGAUGUUCUUCUUGCUUGUCGGAAACACUUUCCGGUUGAUGAACCGGUGGCUCUGGCGACGACAUGGUAUUGAUCUGUUUAAAAACCUAAGGAGAUAUGAGAGUUUGAAAUCCAGAGCUCAAGUGCGGAGCAAUUGUGGGGAGGAUGACUGCUCUGUGUAAAUAUACUAUUUAUUUUGCCAUUUUUUUUUCUAAACAAACUACUUUUAUUCUUCUCUUCACAAUGUAAACUUUCAAGAAGUGGAUCUGCCCUGCUGGUGCUCAAAUGCAUCCAUCCCGUGUUCAGGCGAAAUUAUGGCUUUAGUUUGUAUUCCCUCUAUCUCAAAAUUAUUGU